AUGGAAGUGGGGGCCGGGUACUUAUGGAAGUGGGGGCCGGGUACUUAUGGAAGUGGGGGCCGGGUACUUAUGGAAGUGGGGGCCGGGUACUUAUGGAAGUGGGGCCCGGUACAUAUGGAAGUGGGGACCGGGUACAUAUGGAAGUGGGGGCCGGGUACUUAUGGAAGUGGGGGCCGGGUACUUAUGGAAGUGGGGGCCGGGUACUUAUGGAAGUGGGGGCCGGGUACUUAUGGAAGUGGGGGCCGGGUACUUAUGGAAGUGGGGCCCGGUACAUAUGGAAGUGUGGGUUGGGUACUUAUGGAAGUGGGGGCCGGGUACUUAUGGAAGUGGGGGCCGGGUACUUAUGGAAGUGGGGGCCGGGUACUUAUGGAAGUGGGGACCGGGUACUUAUGGAAGUGGGGGCCGGGUACUUAUGGAAGUGGGGGCCGGGUACUUAUGGAAGUGGGGGCCGGGUACUUAUGGAAGUGGGGGCCGGGUACUUAUGGAAGUGGGGGCCGGGUACUUAUGGAAGUGGGGCCCCGUACAUAUGGAAGUGGGGGCCGGGUACUUAUGGAAGUGGGGGCCGGGUACUUAUGGAAGUGGGGACCGGGUACUUAUGGAAGUGGGGGCCGGGUACUUAUGGAAGUGGGCCCCGGGUACUUACGGAAGUGGGGGCCGGGUACUUAUGGAAGUGGGGGCCGGGUACUUAUGGAAGUGGGGGCCGGGUACUUAUGGAAGUGGGGGCCGGGUACUUAUGGAAGUGGGGGCCGGGUACUUAUGGAAGUGGGGGCCGGGUACUUAUGGAAGUGGGGGCCGGGUACUUAUGGAAGUGGGGGCCGGGUACUUAUAGAAGUGGGGGCCGGGUACUUAUGGAAGUGGGGGCCGGGUACUUAUGGAAGUGGGGGUCGGGUACUUAAGGAAGUGGGGACCGGGUACUUAUGGAAGUGGGGGCCGGGUACUUAUGGAAGUGGGGGCCGGGUACUUAUGGAAGUGGGGGCCGGGUACUUAUGGAAGUGGGGGCCGGGUACUUAUGGAAGUGGGGGCCGGGUACUUAUGGAAGUGGGUGCCGGGUACUUAUGGAAGUGUGGCGGCAAAAGGAGAGAAAAAAAAUGCUGCAGUUGA